UGUAGCUCGCGUAACUUACCCAGCGGAUCUGUGAACACCCGCUUUUGUGGGCGCAUGUAUACAAAGAUGUGUAUCUACUCGUAGUGUUUAGACCAAGUCCACCUCGUCUGUUUCAACCUGUGUUAGUAUGUACAUAUACCGUGUAUGGAGUAGGAGUAUUAAUUGAAGACUUGCAUUGUAAGGAUAUGAGUGUUUCGUUCCUCACGCAAGGAGGGGCGUAAGGGUGGGACGGUACUAUCCCUAGAACGCCGAAGGACAGGCUGCGGACGUUUAGUGUUGUAACGGCUAGAAAUCCCCUGUGAUGAUACUGGGAAAAUACCCCAUGGAUAUUCCCUUGAUAAAGUGAACACGGACUCUUCAUGACAAGUAGGGGAAAGAGUUGUUUGAAAUCUGAUCAUAUCGAGAUUGAGGUUAUAGAAGAAUCGCUACAAAGUGUUUCGUUGAAGCGUGAAGACGGACCACGCAGGCGAGGCAGGCAGCCGUCGGAGCCCAGCAAGUUGAGUUGAGUAGCAUUUGCCACUGGGAGUGAAACGGGACAGUAACUCACUCUCAUGUCACAGCGCUACCCUAGCAGAUAAUACUAAGUGGGGGGAUAGAGUUAGAAGUCGUGUCUUCCCUUCAAGGUCGCGCAGGAGGUUUACCAGGAUUUCUACCACGCGGAUAUUAGAGAAGCAGGUGCGUCGACAACACGAGACAGGUGUGCUUGUGUCGGGAACAAGGCCGCAUGAGUAUCUGUCACCCAGCAGACGACACAAUGAGAGAAUAUUACAGGAAAACCCAGCAUCGCAUCACAGUCGGGUGCCUCCCUGGGCCACAAGUAUAGUGUCACGAGAGCUGUCACUCUGCCUCUUUCAAUUAAUCCAUCCAUAGUUUGUGUAGGACUAGUGCUACUAGUUGGCAUUACUGUGUUCUCGUGUAAUCAGCUUAGCUUAAUAUUAUGAAGGUGCGAAUAACUUAAAACUAGUGGUGUUUAUACGCGGGAUUAUCGUCUUACGUGUCAAUCAGUUUGGAAGAGGCAGACGACAUCAUAGCAGGUGGCUGCAUUUUACUCAGUGUUCUGGCUUCAAACUUAGGACUCACAAAGAUGGAGAAUGUCGUCUGCGACAGACUACCUGGCGCCAGGUCGUCAACCAUUGCUCGGAUUUGGUGUGCGAUGUUUCUGUACAUAAUGGUAACCCGGAUUGUUGAGGUGGAUGGACUUACCAAACGAUCUCGUCCGACAGACGCUAUAGACAGGCUGUCAAAAGUUUUUGGAAUUUCUAAAAUCCCAGCACGAAUAUUUCACCGUUCACCUCCUCAGUACAUGACGGAGCUGUAUAAUUCCAUCACAGAAACUGGAGGUCUGACAACGAAAGCCGGACCUUACAAUGCAGAUGUUGUGCGGAGCUUCCCUGACAAAGACUCCGUACACCGCAUGCAUUUUCACUACAACGUGUCGCAGUACGGAGAAGAAGGAAGUCUUCUCGAGGCGGAGUUUCACAUUUUCAAAAUGAAACCGAGGCCAUCCGAGGAAGCAGAGACGAAGCCUACACAUCUGAUUGAGAUGAAGAUAUAUCAGGUUUUGAGCAUGGAAGAUAUGUUUCACCCAAAAGGGCUGCGACUUCUAGACGCCAGACGAGUCAGUGCGCAUGUGCAUGGAUGGCAGAAGUUCCGUGUCAAGAAGGCAGUGGAGUCUUGGUUGAAUGACAGCACAAACAACUUUGGUCUACUGGUAACGACGACGUCCCUUCAAGGUCACCACGUCAACGGCAGCUACAUUCGCUUCGCCCAACGCAACGAGCACCACGACAGCAAGCAGCCCAUCCUGGUGGUGUUUACCGAGGAACAUCUUCAGCGACAUCCUAACUUCAUCAAGCCAGAGGACGCCGAAUACCUCGAGAUAAAGCGGGACAUCGAGGCCCGGGAGCAGGAGAAGGUGCGUCGGGAAGAACUCGCAAUGAGACGAAAGGCUCUCCGGUUCCUCAACGAGGGACACCGAGCUAGGAUGAUGGGGAUGAACCCUUCCCAGGAGGAUUCCAGGAUCAUGGCUGCACUGAAACAAAGCCAGGCUGGAAGAGGAAGGACGAAACGAAGCACUGGUCAGUCAAGCCGGAAAGGCAAUGGAAGGAAGAAAAGAACAUUCGACAUGAUCAGUCGGUACAGGAACAGGAGGACGUGUUCAAAGCAGCAAAUGUAUGUUGAUUUUGACGAAAUUGGUUGGUCUGGGUGGAUUAUAUCGCCCAAAGGAUAUAACGCCUAUCAUUGUACCGGCGAAUGCCCCUUCCCGCUUGGACAGAGUCAAAAACCAACCAACCACGCCACCGUACAGAGUAUUGUUCAUGCGUUGCGAGUGGGAAAGGAUGUGGGGACUCCUUGCUGUGUUCCAAACAAGCUCUAUUCAAUCAGUUUACUCUACUUUGACGAUGAUGAAAAUGUUAUCCUCAAGCAGUAUGACGAUAUGGUUGCCGCUACGUGUGGUUGUCACUAGUGAGAUUCACAACAGGACCUUCCUGACUACAGUGCUAUACAGCGCCAUGUUGGGCAAGCUGGAGUUGUCUCCCAUGACGUAUGACGUCACGCAUUUCAAGACGACACAUUUGGAACGCCGUACCGAAACAUGGCGCCAAAAAGGCCAAGGGUAUUCUCUCGUGAAAGACUGAUUUAAGUGUUGCGGAAGGAUUAGAAACAGGCACAAAUUUAAGACCUUGGUUAAGUUAAAGAAGAAAGGAUUUGUAGAAGGUAACUGCAGACUACCUUAGCCUCGGUCUGGUCAUUGAAUAACCAUUUCCCAACAGCUGGUUCCAGGAAUGUGUUAAAUCAGCGAAUGUUACAAGAAAACAUUCAAACAAUUGUGCCCUGACUGGUUCUGGGAAAGGAUGAGAAUGGUAGCAUGUAACCCUGCAUGGAUUGAACACUCAUUACUGCAAUGUCUGUGCUUCUGUUACCGUUCAGAGACCAUUUGCCAAUUUAGGUCGGUGCGUUCGAUCAAAUGUUCACGGUUCCAGUAACUAUUAACAUACGCCUCGAACAGGUUUUGUAUGUCAGCAUAUAUAUUUCUGAACAUUUAAUAUGUUAGUAAGCUGAGGGGCACUCGGUGGUGAGAUUGUGUUGACACUUCGGGGACGCAAAUUCAGCUUUAUAGUGCUAUUUCGUUCAAUGUGAAAGAUUUUUGGUUGAACUCCAAUCCCGAAGGUAUUUAAAUGCUUGUUUUUGUACAUAUGUACAUUAAUGUAAAUGUGUCAAAGUUAAUACACACCUGUCGGCACUGUAAAUAUUACCAUACUCACAUGAAAUACACCUACAUGAAGAAUAAAAGUAUGUAAACAGCA